UGUGCCCAUUGCUGAUAGUUCACUAAUGUCUUUGAUUCUUAACAACAUUGCAGAUCUUCCCCAGUCUGGGAUGUCUUCACGUCAUGAGAGGCAUAGUUAUUUAUCACGAGAUGAUGAUCGUGGUGAGCAUCGGUCUGUAAAGGAUACAAGAACUAUUGGAUCGGCAUAUGAUCGAUAUCUCCAGAGUGCGCAAUAUCUUUCUUUUCCUUCUGGAGAAGCCAGUGCAUUAGGAGGAGCUAGGUCAGGAAGGGGUGUUAGUGGUGGAAUGGCUGGUAUUCCAGUUGCUGAUGGUGUGAGCGGUCGUCCUGGAAUCAUUGGUCGAGAUAUGGUGUCAAACGGUCCUAGUAGGGAUUUAGAUGAUCGUCUCCCAGUGGAGACCAUGGCUAGGCCAGGCCGUGAAACAUUACCUCUGCCUCCUGAUGCUUCCAACACUCUGUAUGUUGAGGGACUUCCUCCAGACACCACAAGGAGAGAAGUAGCUCAUAUUUUUCGACCUUUUGUGGGAUAUAAAGAAGUGAGACUUGUGAGCAAAGAAUCCAAACAGCGUGGUGGAGACCCUCUUAUUCUUUGUUUUGUUGAUUUUGCAAGUCCAGCCUGUGCAGCCACUGCUAUGAGUGCCUUGCAAGGUGAUUAUUCAUUCUUCUCAUGA